CAAUGGUCACCCGGGAUCGAACUGAGAAUAGGGACGGCCCCAAGAUGCUGAAGCCGCUGGUGGAGAAGCGGCGCCGGGACCGCAUCAACCGCAGCCUGGAAGAGCUGAGGCUGCUGCUGCUGGAGCGGACCCGGGACCAGAACCUCCGGAACCCGAAGCUGGAGAAAGCAGAGAUACUGGAAUUCGCCGUGGGCUACUUGAGGGAGCGAAGCCGGGUGGAGGCCCCGGGGGUUCCCCGGUCCCCAGCCCAGGACGCCGAGGCGCUCGCCAGCUGCUACUUGUCCGGCUUCCGCGAGUGCCUGCUCCGCUUGGCGGCCUUUGUGCACGACGCCAGCCCGGCCGCCCGCGCCCAGCUCUUCUCCGCGCUGCACGGCUACCUGCGCCCCAAACCGCCCCGGCAGGAGCCGGGAGAUCCGAGGCCUCCAGUGCCGCGCCCUCCGCUGGACCCCGCCGCACCCGCCCUUGGCCCCGCGCUGCACCAGCGCCCCCCAGUGCACCAGGGCCCCCCUAGCCCGCGCUGCGCAUGGUCCCCAUCCCUCUGCUCCCCUCGCGCCGGGGAUUCCGGCGCGCCGGCGCCCCUCACCGGACUGCUGCCGCCACCACCGCCGCCUCACAGACAAGACGGGGCGCCCAAGGCCCCGCCGCCCCCGCCGCCCGCUUUCUGGAGACCUUGGCCCUGAGCUUUGGGGGGGUGGAGGCGGGGGCUGGGGGUGGGGUAGAGACUCCAGCCCGUGGGCAGCAGAGGGACCCGGGCGUCCGGGCGAGGAGGUGUUGGGGAGGGCGGCGGGGCGCGCCGGCUCAGCGCGCGGGUGAGAUGUGGUCUAUAUUAGAGUAUCUAUAUAAAUAUAUAUUUCCCUGGUUCCUGUCCCUUUUCCCUGACCCCCUCCCCUUCGCGUCUAGGAUUGUACCCUCUUUGCUCUCGGCCCAAUCCCAGUCCCUUUACAAGUCCCUAGUGCAUGGAAUAAAGUGGUUAUUAAAUCCCCGUGUGUCCCCGAGCCAGGGGCCUGCCUUUAUCUCGACGUCCACGCCCACUUUCCCUUCCCUUCUGUCUCCCACCCCCAGUCCUGCUCUCCAUGGCCCAAGCUCCGGGGCAGACAGGUAAGUAAAGAAGAGAGCAGAGCGGAGACUGAGGUUGGAACUGAAACCAGGAGGAAAACACAGAUAGGGUAGGGGAAGAAGGUAUGGGAACUUUGGAGAAAAAAACCGGAUAAAAAGGAAAGAAAAAAUUCAAAUAAAAUCGACUCUGGUGGGAUUCGAACCCACAACCUUUGAAUCGCUCAUUUCAGUCACUAGAAGUCCAAUGCGCUAUCCAUUGCGCCACAGAGCCACCUCGCGGGUAGUGGCGUUCUGUGGCUUACCGAUAUUAGCAUGGGAAAGGGGCAGGGUGAAGGGGUGUGCGUGAGGGAAUCGGGCGGGAUGUGUCAGGGGUGUGGGUUUUGAUCUCAGAAGCCAGCCAGGUGGAGGGAGCGGGCGCAAAGCUUGUGAGUCAGGUGGGAAUGAGGGCGCGCAAGAAACAGGGAGGAAAAGCAACCGAAUAUGAGCGAGUGAGCGAGUGCAGAGCUCCGACUGCCCGCUUGGGGUGCUUCCAGCUCAGGCGCACCCCACUCCCAGAUAUGGCCCCACCCAAAUAAACAUUUUUUGUUGUAAAUU